AUGGACGACUCACCUUUCCUCGCGCACCGCGCCGGCGCGCGGCUGCUCGACGACGACGCGACGCUCGAACUGGCCGAUCUCAGCAUCAUGAGCGAGGACGACGACAGCCCCCUGAUGCGCACGAGCGCGUUACCGGCGACAGCGACAAUGGGGGCGACGGGAGCGGGCGCUGCUGCUGGGGGUGCACGAUACUACCCCUCUGCUGCGUCGUCGUCGUCCUCUUCUGGACCAGCAUAUACCUCUGUCUCUGCCUCUGCCUCCGCCUCUGCCUCUGCCUCUGGAUCCACGUCCACGACCACCACGGCCAUGUCGUCGCGUACCCUCGGCGCAGACCUCAACGCCAACGCUGCCCUCGACCUUGACCUGGGCGUAGGCCGUAGACCCAAGCCCCGGUUCUCGCUGUUUGCGGCUGGCGCAUCGCCCAAUGUGCCCAGCACGUUGACGCGCGGGACGCGCGGCGCCGGCGGAGCCGCCCUCGGUCCUGCCGUCGACGAGGAGGAAGAAGAAGAACAAGAAGAGGAAGGCGAGGGGGAGCGCGACGGCGCGCACGCGAGCGAGACCGAGUCGGAGCAACAACACCAACAGCGUCGGCUCGGCCACGGGCGUCACCCCAGCACCGCGAGCGCGGCGAGCGCCGCCAGCGGGACCAGCGCGAGUGGCAGCGAGCACGGCGACGCCAGCAACCAGCCAGGCGCGCGCGACGAGGACACGGCAGACACGGCCGCCGCGUGCCAGGAGGCAAGGAACGAGCGCCUCAAGGCGAGCCUCACCGAGCUGAGGCGGUUCAACACCGUGUUUGACGGGUUCUACCGCGCGUUGGCGGACGCAAAGGGCCAUAACGAGCGGCUCGCCACGCGCGUCGCGCAGACACACGCCCUCCUCGACCACUACGUCGCGCUCCAGGGCCAGGCGCUGCAUACCCAGCAACUCAUCCUCAACCCAAAGUGGACCGGCGUGCACGAUGACGAACGCGCCCUCGCCGAAGCGGAAUCGGCGCGGAUCGCAGCUGAAGAGGCGCGCGUCGCCGAACAGGCCGCCAUGGCCGCGCGCGCCGAGGCCGAGCAGCGCGCCGCUGAACAACGGGCCGCCGCCGCCGAGGCGGCCAAGGCUACGCGCGGCGUGCGGGCGGGCGGCGGCGGUGUCGCGUCUGGCGUGCGGGAGUAG